AUGUCAUCCAACAAUAAUACAAGUAAUACGUUAGCAAUUCUUCAACUUCAAAGUGCUUUUCGGUAUGCAAACCUUACUGUAGGCUUUAUUCUAUUGAUCGGUGGUGUAUUAGGAAAUAUUCUUAAUAUUAUCGUCUUCAUUAAAGGUGGAAACUACAAGAACAAUGCAUGUUCACUUUACAUGUUUGUUCGUACGUUUCUUGAUCUCUACGUUCUUCUUACUGGUCUAACCACGCGAAUUCCUGCUACAGGUUUCCAAAUAGAUUUUAGUUUAAUGAACCGAAUUUGGUGCAAAACUCGCUUAGGUUUGACCGAUAUUAACAUGACAAGUACAUAUACUUUGAUUUGCUUACAAGCUAUCGAUGCUUUUAUUUGUUCUUCUCCAUCAGCUAUUGUACGACAGAAGAGUAAUAUUCGAAUAGCACGAUAUUUAGUAGUUGGUACUCUUUGUUUUUGGUCUAUUCAUGAGAUACCCUACUUCAUGUUUCAAGAUCUUGUUAUUUCAGGAGGUACCCCCGUGUGCACCGGAACAAAUGCAAUAUUUAAUCAGUAUCGCAGCUAUGUUACCUAUCUGAGUUUUAUCACUAUUAUUCCAGUCAUAGUGGUCUCUAUUUUUGGAUAUCUCACUGUUCGACAUAUGAAAACUAUUGGUGUAACAAGAUCACUUUCUUCUUUUACAAGACAAAAAAUUAGUAUGGCAUUAUUUCAAAUAUUUGCUUUAAUAGCGUUCAAUGGUCCAUAUGGAUUUUGGGUAUUUUACACAAUUAGUACGGCUAAUUUAGUAAAAGAUACUUAUAGGCGAGCAGUGGAACAGUCAAUUAGUUCACUUGCUAAUACAUAUAACUUUGGAACAUAUGCGAGUUCAAUUUGUUGCUAUUGUAUAUCAAAAAGAUUUCGAAAACAGUUGGUUGUUUCUCUCAAAGAACUCAUUUGUGGUAUACAUACGAAUCAAGUAUAUCCAAAUACUCAACGAACUGGCACUCGUACUCAACUACCGACACAAGUUGACAAUUAA